UAUCUCCCAGCAUUCCUCGCUGUAGUCGUCAUCAGCACGCAUCAGAGGGAGCUAAACAAACGUUAUUAGUUGUGUUUUUCUGUGUUUCACUAGUUGUGUUUUUGUAGGUUGUUUCCACUCGACGCCUUCAGGCCGGAGUGGCUAUGAGUAGUCCCAUGGCUAGCUUCGCCCCUUCAAGUUUUAAAGACCGCCCCCUUUGCAGAACCAGCUUCAUCGCAGAGAUCCAGAGCAUGAUGUUUGCACUGGGAGAUGCUCGAAGGCCACUCUACGAUUCAGCUGCUCUGGUGGAGGACAUUGUACACACACAGCUCAUCACGAUGUUGCAGCAGGCAUCCGAGGGGGCAGUACUUCGGGGCUCCAGAGUGAUCUCAGCAGAAGACAUCUUGUUCCUGAUGAGGAGAGACAAGCGGAAGCUGUCUAGGUUACUGAAGUAUCUUCAGUUCAGGGAUUAUAAAUCAAAACUCCUCAAGUCUUUGGAGGAAGAAGAGGUACCACAAGAAACUGACAAGUCGGGAGGGGGGAUUCUAGCGUCCAAUCAACGGAGGCAGCGAUUGGCUCAGGACUUCCUGAUGUGGAUGGAUCAGACCGGGGAGCUCCUGUCAUUGGCUGAGAGACAGGAAGUAGUAGACCCUGUGAAACUGGAAAGGAUGGAGCGCCUGGAGCGUCAGACCCGGACCAUGGACCAAUCCCAGUAUUCUGAGUUCUGUGAGAGCCGACAGCUCAGCUUCGCUAAGAAAGCCUCAAAGUUCCGGGACUGGCUGGAUUGCAGUAACCUGGAAGUCAAACCCAACAGCAUCGCAAUGGAGAUACUAUCUUACCUUGCCUAUGAAACGGUUGCCCAGAUUGUGGAUCUGUCUCUGUUGGUUAAACAGGAAAUGGAGUCGAAGAACGAUCCAGUCAGUCAUGUGAUCUCUUCGAGCUACAUCCACUACAACACACAUCCAGAGGUGAAGAGGGACCCGGAAUCUCCUGACGCCACGCCCCCCUCCACACCCGGCUCCUCCCACUCUAAGCCCCUCCUUCAAGGCAACGGCAGCCUUGACGGUCGAGCCAGACUCCGCAAGCGCAAGAAGAACUGCCCUGCGGCCAUAGAGCAGCCCAGCGGAGCCAUCCAGCCCGGUCACAUACGAGAAGCCAUUAGAAGAUACAACUACAGGCCCACGAAUGCCUAUCGCCGCAGUGGGAUGAUGUUCCUUGCCUGCUGAGGAUUCCUAGUAUUUAAACAGCUUCUGCUUACAUUCUUUGGUACAUUAAAAUAACAUUUUAAUUAUUAUUGGUCCAGCCAUUGAUUAAAAUGCUACUUCAUAUUAACUGACAUUAUCGGCAAGAUUUUGUUCAAAUUGUAUGAUCAUAAUUGUAAAACUAAACAUUCAUACACAGUACAAGACAAUUUGUCAAAAAGUAACUUUAUUAUCACUAGUACAGAAUCCAAUACCUCGACUGAGCAUGCUCACAAAGCCUUGGAUAUCACUCGACAAAUUACAUUAGCGGCCACACACAGGUUCUAAACAGUCAGAAGAUGCAUGUUACAGGAGCAAGAAAUGUUGUCCCCAUUGUUACUGUGAAGUUAGAUGAGCAGUAAGAAUGUCUGUAUAAAGGCCACUGUCAUAUCGUUAGCUGAGGCCCAGUUAUAUAGACAAAAUACCUGGACUCAAACACCAAGCCCAAGCAGGGUUUCCAGAUUUCCCAACCAAUCUGGCAACACUGCACCCAAAUGACUUGAACUGUGCUGGAAUGUGUGUAAAGGUAAAGCAUGUUCUAGAUCUGAUACUAGAUAGAAUCAGCCCAAAGGUCACGUGUCGAGCCCGACACCAAAAUGUGGGAGCGGGCCGAGUCAGUACUUCUGGGGGUUAGAGAGCACCGUCUCUCUGUCCAUGAGAAGGUCUCCAUAUCUGUGCUGCAGCUCGCGCUCUCUCUCCAUCUGCCUCUCAACGUCCUCCCGCAAGCCCUGAAACACACAUUCAGAGUGAUGUAUCAUUCACGUUUAAUAAUGUUUUUCAAACUUAAACUGGAGUGUCAAUGGCUGUUCAUCCUCACCUCCUGUCGCCGGGGUAUAGCCAGAUCUUCCUGUUUCUUCAGCUGUGUGAAGGUCUGCAGCUCGGUCGCUGCCUGCUCCACCUAGUGGACAUGCACAGAAUAGCUUCAGCACCCAGUUUAAUGUACUGUGCCUGGGAUGGGUGGUCUAUCG